UGUUUACCAUAUACCGCACAGGCAUUCGCAUCUAAUCUUAAGGAACCUGAAAAAUCCUUGUUCUUUUAUAACUCUGAGAAAAAGCGUGAUCCCGAGGAUCAGUACACAAUAUGAAAAAGAACUUUGCAUUCUUAUGCUGCUCACCAACACUACUGAUAGAAAGCAUCAUCGACUUUCCUUGUUUGAAGAGUAUGUGUGUGACAGAGUGCUUAUUGUUGAUCAUUUUAUGGAUAAGCAGUGAGCUGCGAUCGUGUCAAUUUCAUGUAAAUUGUUGAAAUUUUCCUGUUGUGAUUUGGGUUAUUGCGCUUGGAAAAGCAAUCGGAAACCUUAAUGCUGAUUAUUGCUGAAUGUUUGCUUGAGGAACGAUCAACUAUAUAGCGAUUGCAAGAACACAAGACACAAAACCAUGGAUGAGCUAAACGAACCAAUAAUAAUUAAUGAUAAUAAUAAUACAAUUGAAAAAAUUGUAACUGGUGCAGAAAUCGCAACGCAACAGGAAUCCUCAACUGAAAGUGAUGGUUCAAGCAGCAUAUUAGUAAAGCCAGAAAAGGAUAAGUACCGUCGACAGUGUGAUUUCUGCGGUAAAGGAUUCGAUGCCAAUACUGAUCUGUCGCGCCAUAGACGAAUUCACACCGGAGAGAGACCACACAAGUGCACCAUCUGUGGAAAGGCUUUUAUUGCGUGCAAUCAGCUGGCCCGUCACCUUCGCAUUCACACCGGGGAACGGCCACACGUGUGUGACGUCUGCGGUAAAACAUUCAUCUGCGGCGGCGAUCUGACGAAGCACAAGCGCACACAUUCCGGUGCGAAACCGUAUGGGUGCGAAAUUUGCGGUCGUCUGUUCAACCAAAGAAAUCAUCUGCUAGCCCACCGAUUUAUUCACACCGGCGAGCGGCCAUUCCAGUGCAAUAUUUGUGGCGAUGAAUUCACGGAAAACAGACGACUGACCGUGCACAAGCUCAAGCACACGACGGAACGCGCUCAUGAGUGCGAUAUAUGUUCCAAACGGUUUACAGGCAAUAAUGCUGUUAAGCGGCACAUGCGUAAAAUGACGGGAUGGUGCAGGUGUUGUUUGGCCAACGACAGCGAAAUGAUGAACGUAUUUGGGACGUUAGAUGAGUUUGCGAGUCAAAUAUGUGAUAUGAUCAUGCAUUGUGGGGGUAUAAUGAUUUCAGAACAUGACUUUUUACCGAAGGAUAUUUGCCAAACGUGUCUAAGUGAUUUGAGGAUCGCAGUUCGUUUUCGAGAACGAUGUCUAAAGACGGAGAACAUUUUGCAAAAUACUCAACUCGAUGUAGGUGAUGAACGCACACCCAAGGACAUAAAUGCCGAUCCUCCAAGUGUUCCCGAAUUAAGGAACUCCCCGUCGUCUGACAUGACCCAAAUAAAAACGGAAAGGAUCACUGAUGAAAACCUCGGAGACCCGCCUUCUACGAAAACUGAAACGGAUUCUGUCCCGAAAGAUGAGCAAGCAGUUGCUGGUGAAGCAAAUAAUUGGAUUGUAGAGGAAAUAAAAGCAAACAUCGACGUAUCAAGAAAACAACGGUACUUUACAUGCGACGAUUGUGGAAAAAGGUUUUCAAAUAACUUGCACUUUGAGCGACAUGUCUUGUCUCACAAAAGUCUGCCGCACGUGUGUGAAAUAUGUGGCAAAGAAUAUUCUCAAACUGGUCACUUUUUCCGCCAUGUGAAGAAUCAUAAGGGUUCAGAACGACCGUACAAAUGUGAAGUUUGCGGAAAGGAGUUCAUUGAAAAUGGACACCUAGUGCGACAUAUGCGCAUCCACACCGGAGUACGACCGUACAGCUGCAAAAUAUGUGGCAAAGAUUUCAUCCAAAGUGGAAAUAUGAAGCGACACCUGUUAACCCAUGCUCAAGAGGAGCAGCAUUUUCAAUGUGAUGAGUGUGGUAAGCAAUUUAUUCGUUUGAAGCACUUUAAACGCCACCAGCUAGUUCAUGCUGGUCUCAAACCACAUAAAUGCGAUAUAUGCGACAAAGAGUUUAUGCUUCCUGGAAAAUUAAUGCAUCACAUGCUGCUGCACACCAGAAAUGUGCGACCCUAUCGAUGUGAAGUCUGCGAAAAGACUUUUGUUUCGAAGGUUCUUUUUGAGAAACACGUAAAGAAGCAUGGUUUGCGACAAAAGAAAAACCAACUGUGAAUAAUCGCUUGAGUCAGUAUUGAAUGAAUUGCUUCCGAUUGAAAAUAAAUCUAUUAAAUACA